AUGAUCAAAAAUCUUGCCAAGGAACAUAAGAUCCGGCUCGAUCCUGACAUGAUCCUUACCGAUUUUGAAAAGGCGGAAAUUGCAGCAGCUCAACGAGUUUUCAAGGAAAGCACGUUGAAAGGCUGUUACUUUCAUUUUUCCAAGAACUUAUGGAAACGUCUUCAGAAAACAGGACUUACAAAAGGUUACAACAAGUUCCUGAAAAUUCAGAUCGCUUUCCGACAGACCGAGGCUUUAGCAUUUUUACCUCCGGAAGAUGUUCGCAAAGGUCUUGCUGCGCUACGUGGUAAUGCACCUCGGUCGAUGGGAGAUUUUUUUGAUUACGUUGAUAAAGUGUACGUUUCCGGAACGCAGAAAGUUAAGCGAAAUGGUGAAAUAGAAAGAACUUGUCCGCGGUACUCUCCAGACUUCUGGAGUAUGAAGUCUAAUACGGAGAAUGGAUAUCCCAGGACAUCAAACUCUAUUGAAGAGUUCCACAACAAAUUUAACCGCUUGAUUGACAAAAGCGCUUCAAAGUUUUAUGCAGUUGUGGAAGCCUUUCGACAGGAGGAGCGUUCUACUAGUGCAGACUACCUACGCGUUCUUCAAGAUGAACCGUUAAGUAGAACAACUGCAAAGAACAUUAAACGUGAGCAAAAACUGCGCAAAUUGGUGGAAACGUAUGACAAAACUGACGUUCCCAUUUUCGAGUAUCUGCAAGCCGUUGCUCUGCUGUUGUCGAAAAAGUGA